AUGAAGGACAUAAUGGGGCACCCCAAAGCGCGCAUCAACACCAGCAUGUUACCACAGUAUAUCGACCAGUCCGUGUGCUUCGUGGGGAAGCUAGAAAAGAUUCAUCCCACUGGAAAAAUGUUUAUUCUUUCAGAUGGAGAAGGAAAAAAUGGAACCAUUGAAUUGAUGGAGCCACUUGACGAGGAAAUCUCUGGGAUUGUAGAAGUAGUUGGAAAAGUCACAGCCAAGGCGACCGUGCUCUGUGCGCAUCUUAUACCCUGUUUAAGUAAUCGCUUUGAUCUUGAACUUUACAAUGAAGCUGUGAAAAUUACCAAUGAGUUUCCUCAGUUUUUCCCUUUAGGGCUUCCACAACAUGAAUGAGCUUCUUCAAUUUCUUAAGAUUGCCAGUAAGCUACAUUGAAGGCUAUUAAAGAAGACUCCUGCAGUUUAAUGGAGCGACUCCUAUA